UUGGGGGCUGGGACUAGUGUUGUUGAUGGAGACGCCAUUUUGUUGUCGGUCUGGGAAUUGUAAUCCUAUAGAAUUUUGCACAAUUUGUUUGUUAAUGUAUCCACGAGCAUUUGCUGAAAAAAGACAUCGACAAAAGCAGAGCAAUGGACGAUUUUGUUGCAUGGAAAUACGCACUAACCUUCUGGCCAGAUCAUUAAUUAUGGAUCGAAAGGAUUUGCUUUUUGUUGGUUUGUAAGCCGCGACUUUGGAAACCAUGAAGUUUUAUUUCAGUCAAUUGCCCAUAUCACCUUGAAAUGCGCAACGUGAAAUUCACAAUUAAGUGAAUGAUCAUAUCGGACAAUAACUUUAAAAACGAGAUAUUACUAUGGUGUUGUUUUUAAGCAAGAGGAGAGUAAAUUUGAGCGUUUUGUCAUAUUGAUAGUACACUUACGUUAGUUGUGAAAGCAAAAAAUUCGACCUAAAGUAAACAAUGGAAAUGGAUGAAUAUAUGUCGUCAAGGACUCAGUAUCUCGAAGCUCUGCGUAUUGUCUGUAGAAUUCCUUGCAUAUAAAAUAGAACGAUUUAAUUAAAUACACAGCCAUGCCAAUCUCAGCUUCGCAUAUGAAUGGUGUACAUCGCAGCCGGCUGCCUGUCCCUCAAAGCAGCACCUCAUCGAAUUCCCCAUCAAAUCUUAAAAGAACAAAUGAUGAAUUAAGACAGCAUGUAUCUAGACUAAAAGCUGAGCUAGAUGUUGAAAGGGCAAAGUCAAGGCAGAUACAUCGGGAUAAAGUUGCUGACAUUAAAAAGCUUAAAGAUGAAUAUGACAAGGAAAAGUUUAUUGUUCAAGGUUCUGUUGUUGAUAAAAUGAAAGGUGAACAUGAAUUUGAGAUGAAGAAAUUAAGAGAAACUUUACAAAAGGAGAAGGAGAUUGAAAUCAAACAAAUCUUGAGGUUUAAGGAUGAAGAACUACGGACUACAAAAAAGAUGAUGGCAGAGGAUAAAGAGUUCUCACUUAAGGAGCAAGAUGAUCGUUUAAAAAGGGAGCUGGGUAGUAAAGCUAAGGAUGGUAAUAAUGAAACCGAGAAUAAGCUAAGACAAGAACUGAAUGAAUGUAGGAGACAAAAAGUACAUAUUGAAGAGGCCCUUAAGCAAAAGUCUGCUUCUGAAGCUGAAAAAAGUGAUAUUAUUAGAAAAUUAAAAGAAGAACAUGAGAAAGAAAACCAAAGAGUUAUAAGAGAUGCAAGAAUACAGAUUGCAAGAAAUGUCCAAGAACUUAAAAAUGCACAGAAAGCAUUGAAUGAAAAAGAGCAAGAGAUUUCAAAAAGGGAAUUAGAUCUGACAAGGCUAGAAGAGCUCAAAGAUCAGUUAUCAGAGAAGAUAAGAAGUGAACAUAUCGAGAAUGGAGUAACUAAAACUGAUAAAGAAUUACAGCUAAGAAAUGCAGAAUUAAAAAGGAAUUUAGAUGAAGUAUCUAAGAAGUUAUCAUUAAUAGAGAAAGAAUCUUUAUUAAAAAGAACUGACAUGAAAGAUGUUGAGUCAUCGCCAAGAUCAGAUUCUCGUGUCAAAGAGCUUAAAAAGAGGAAUGGAGAACUGGUAAACUUAGCAAAGAAACUGGAAGAGAAAGCUAAAAGACUUCAGGAAGAAUUGAGAGAUCUGAAAUCAAAAGAACCUGGAGUGAAAACAUCUUCAUCAGAUGCAGUUGAAUCAUUUAAGAAGUCUUUCACAAUGCAACGAGCAAGAGACUUAGCUGAAAAUGCUAAAAAUCUGAUGGCCAAAGACAAAGAAAUAACCCAGCUAAAAGGAAAAAUAGCAACUCUUGAAGAACAAUUGAGGCAAAAGGUAGAGGAUGUCUCUGAAACAGAGAAAUUAGAAACCAUCAUUCAUCAAAUUGAAAAAGAAAAACUCAAGCUUGAAAAGCAACUUUCUGUUAAAAUGUCUUAUGAGGAGAAACAACAAUCAGCAAAAAGGAAAGAAGAAAAUGUGCUGAGAGAUGAACUUGAAAGUAUAAAAAUUGAGAAAGAACAGCUCGAAGAACUUGUGGAUGUCCAAAGGACUAAAGCUAAGAAACACAAAAUUGAGAUAGAGGAUCUGAAAGAAAGAGGAAAGCAAUGUGAUCAUUUACUUGAAAUAUUGAAAGAGAGAAACGAAGAGUGUGACGCUUUGACCAAAGAUUUGCAGUUAAAAGGAGCAGAGUUACUAGAACUUAAAGAGCUUCUUGAAGUUUCUGAGAAGAAGCGGAAAAAUUUGGAAACUGAAGUUGAGAAACACAAGCUAAUGGCAACUAACCUGCAAGACAAACUCAAUGAACAAAGCCAGAAAAUAGUUGAUCUUGAAGAUCUGCAAAACGAAUACGAAGUUUUAAAACAGCGCCUCUCAAAUGCUGAAAAUCAGUGUCACGUGAUGCAAGAUCAAGUGGAAGAUUUCCAGGAAAAAAUAGCAAGCUACAAGAAGAUUGAGCAGCAAUUGAAAGACCAGGAAGAGAAAUGCAAGGUCUGGGAACGAGAUUAUGAUUACGCGGUAGAGCAAAUUAACAAGCGGAAUAAAGAGAUCACAGAGUUACACGAGACCCAACGAAACAUGAAAGAAAACUACGAAGAUGAGAUCGGGUCGCUUAGGGCUGAGAUAUCUCGUCUUGAAGACAUCUGUGUUGAUUUAGAAAGCAAGGAAAGUGAUUAUAAAAUGAUGCUCGAGGCAAAGAAAGGCAUAAGCGAAAGCAGAAAAUCUACCAACCAUGUUUACGUACAAACAUCACGACCGCAAACGCCUGUUAAAAGCGAUGACCGCUUGGUAACUGAAGAUUUUGCUCCUGAUGUAGAAACAGCAUUUGUGACCGAAGCAGGUCUAGAAGAAUUUGAUGAUUUUAUCAUCCCAACAAAUACGAAACAAAACAAACCGCCUCUGGAGUCAGAGCCAGAUAAUUCAUUAAAAUGCGAGGACGAUAUUUUGGAUGUUGCGUCAUCAAGAAUAGCCGCUUUGGCCGCCAUGUCUAGUAGUGAAGGGGAUUUUAGUCGUGAAGAUCAGCCGAUUGAUGUUCACUUCAGUGACGAUGAUGAAUUGAAUGGAUUUGAUAAUUAUGGGGUAAAGCAAAAACCGGACCGAUCCAAAAAUAAGAUGGUGACACAGAAUGGUUUAGCCGACACUGGUGAUACAUCAGAUGAGCUUUCGCUGUCUCUGGAUGAAUUCAGUGAUGGUGAAGAGGAAGAAGUCCUACCACAUGAUAACGAAAUGCCAAAAGGAACUGCCAAGACACGUGGCAAAGAACGUACUGCUUCUAAGAAGCGUUUGAACUUCCAAGAAAAACAGAGCAGCGACAGUUCUGUUUUUGGACCAAUCACGCCCCAGGCGUCCGUCGAUUCAUUAGCUGAUAACGAUGCACAGGGUGUCAAUAGCAAUGUUGAAAAUGAUCUGUCAGAAAAUAAAGUUGAGAAACUGUCUGUUUUUAUUGCAAAGUACACAUAUGACCCAUUGCAACAUUCACCAAACGAAGAUCCCAGUCUGGAGUUGGCAUUAGAAGCUGGCGAUUAUGUUUAUAUUUUUGGCGAUGCAGAUGAGGAUGGUUUUUAUACGGGUGAACUUGCAAAUGGUCAUCGUGGAUUGGUGCCUUCAAAUUUUGUUGAAAAGAUAACAGAUGAAGGCCAAUUGUUCCCAAUAGCAAAUGGUCAUGAAGCUUAUCCUGGAGAUGAAAGUGAUGAAGAUCUUACUGAAGUAACUUGGCCACUCUCUAUGGUGGAAACUCCUAGAGCUCUCGUUGAAGAUCAACCCAUUGAUGCUGAAUACCUAAAGAUGACUCCCAGGCCUAUGUCAGUACCAGUAGUUGGUGAUAUUUUCAAAGGAGAGACUAGUGGUGAGAGUGAGGAUGAAUUUUUCAAGAAAAAAGGUCUACCGCCACCAAGAAAGCUUAAAUUAGAAAGACAACUUAAUAACAGCAUAGUAAUAAGUUGGUUAGCGCCGGAGAAUGUCGGGGAAGACGAAAUUCGAGGCUAUUCCAUCAAAGCAGACGGACAAUUAAAGGAGACUGUGAUUGGUUCAGACAAAACAAAAGCUAUUGUUUCUGAUGUAGCUCGUGACAAGGUUCAUCGAAUAACCGUUCACUGUUUUGAUAAGAACGAGAAAGAAUCUCCUGGAUCCGUUGCUGCGAUAACUGUAGGCAGAGGAGCAAGCGCAAUACCAACUGAUCUACGGGUUUCCAACUCAUCUGCAACAACAGCUGAUUUGGAGUGGGCGUGUGGCAACAGUUCCAUGAUGCAUGCAGUGUACUUGGAUGGAAAAGAAAUUCACGUCUUGAAGCCUGGUGUUGACAGAUUUAAGCUUACAAGCCUCAUUCCUGAUCAUGAGUACGAGGUCAGCGUUGAGGCCAGAGCGACUGUUGAUCAGCGUAAGAUAAAGAAAGUUGGCACUGUGAUGUCAAAUGGUUUGAUAUUCAGGACAACUAAAGGAGCUCCACCAGAACCUCCGUUGAAUGUUCACGCAAGAGUCAUCCGAAAGUCAGCCAGCCAUGAAGCGACUUCCGUUAAUGUAUCAUGGCUCCCCGUCACAAUAACAGAAACAGAUGCUGCCAAAUCGCCUAUCGUCAAAGGCUACAUGAUUUAUAUGAACGAUCAUGAAGCCCUGUUUAUCGACCAGCCAACAGUUGAUCAUGCAAAAAUACAAGCUAAGGAUCUUGCUGCCAUCCUUAAAGACUCAAAAGUGGAAUACAUUGAGCUCUGGGUCAAAACAGUGUCUAUAUUUGGCGAGUCAGCUGUAUCAAAUGUUGUUAUUUUGCCAGUGGAUAAGUUUCUAUACAAAGAGAUAUAUAACAAGGAAAGAGCAAAGGCUCCAGAGCCAAACAAAAAGGUUCCCAAGGCUUUAGGAGCUACCGAUACAGUGGCUGAAAAGCAGAAAGCUGACGUUUCAAAGACAGGCCAGAAGAUCGAUGAUGUAAAUGCUGAAGUUAAAGUGAAACCGACAGUGAUUCGAUAUGACGUAGUUGAUAGUGAAGAUUCAGACAGUGAAGAAGAUGACUCUGAUGAGGAGGCUCCUCCUGAUUUUCAUUCUAGCAAGGAGAUCGACAGUACAAAGCCUAUGGAUGAUCAGCUGGAACCAGCUCCUCCUGUUCCAACGACAGAAAUUCCUUCAAAGUCAGUGGAUGGAAAUCCGCCUGACAAUCUGAUUCUGCCAAGCAUUCCGAUGCCGGAUUAUCCCAGUGCCAAUUCGAAAAAAGAUGAACAGGAUACCGUGACCAUUCCGGAAGCUGACUAUCCGGAUGCCGUUGAAGUGAAGCCGAGGAAGCACUUUGCUCUUGAAGAACUCUUGUCCAGCUCCGAUUCUGAACUUUCCGCGAUCGAAGAAGAGACAGUCGAAGAGUUGCUUGAGUACGACAAAGAUGGAAGUCCUAUUAAUGGUACACAGAGAACAUACAGUCUGUCGAAAGGAGAAGGAGGUCACGCGUCGCCAGCCAACAAAACAUUUAGUUUUCAUUCAGAAGAGGAGAAAAAUGAAACAUACGACGUGGAAGAGAAGAACGGCAAAGCUUCGGAGAAAUUUUCGGAAAAGAAGAGUACAUUUACAUCAAAGGACACGUUGACAUUUGACUCAGAUGAUGUUGUUGAUAUUCUUGAGAAGGACAUUGUUGAAGGUGUGCCCGAGUUGCCUCUUGACUUGGAGAAAGAUGACAUCGACAAAGCUGAAAGUAAACAGAAUGAUAGAAAAUAUAAAGAAAACAAGGGAUUAGCAACAGUUGCUAGUAUUCCAGUAACGGAUUUAUCUGAUUUGUCUAACGAUGUUGAGAAUAUUAAACCCGAAGGCGCCAAGGCAAUAAACAUCAAAGUAGGGCCUAUCUUAUCAGAAAAUGUUAACGCUAACUCAAUGCAUGUGCAGCCAAAUGUUUGUGAUAAGGACGAUGAUCUACCAGCAAAGGAGACACCCGCUCAGACCAACGAUCAUGAAAACAUAAACACACUGCCUGUGAGGCGGAAAUGGGUCCAAAACAACUCAGAUCCAUCGUCGAACAUUGAAUUUGCCAAGGGGGAUAAUUCAUUAGAAAUCGCCAGUGCUGAUCAUGGGAGCUUAGAUGACUCUAGACAACUGGCUUUAGAAGAUAAAAUUGUAGCAGACGAGCAGGAGAAUAAUGUUAGAAAUGGUUUUGACUUGAGCGCUAGUCAAGUUGGUAUCCAGAACCAAUCAUCUCCUUUGCAUCAAAACAAGGAUAUUGAUAUUUUAGAAGGCAAAAAAGAAAGUACUUAUCGGAACAGUACACCUACAGGAGGGUCGACUCAGGCAAACGAAGUGUCAGUUGAAGUAGAAGAACCGAAGUCGAUGGGGCAGGUUGUCUCGGAAGGAGAAAAUGCCGAAGAUGACGAGCUAGACAUUGACAACUUUGACGAUGAACCGAUUAAGAUUCCAUCAACUUCGGUUCACGAUUUGUACACUUUAAACGCUGUAGAUAGUUUUGAUGAAUCAAUCUUAGACUCAGAGACAGAAUAUAAGCCAGACUUUAUACCAACCGGCGUUGAGAGUAUCCCUAACACGGAGCAUGAAAACAACGGAACUGAAAAGCGUUCAGAAGAGCCCGCUGGGUCAUUUACAGAGGAACCUGCAAUGAAUAACAAUGUUUUUAGUGGGGUUCCUAUUGAUAAAAGCAUUCAUAAAGCAGAACCUGUUUCCAGUUCACAGGACGACAAGUUAAAAGACAAUAAUGUGAAUGGGAUCGAUGAGGUUUCGGGUGAAGACACGCGUACAAACCACGUGGAAGAUAAAACAAUUGUGAAAAAUGUGCGGGUUUUUGUUGCAUUGUUUUCUUAUGACCCAAUAACAAUGUCUCCAAACACAGAUGGCGUGGACGAAGAAUUGCCUUUUACCGAGGGCGACUUAAUCAAAGUUUUCGGCGAUUGUGACGAGGACGGUUUUUACUAUGGCGAACUGCACGAAAAGCGAGGAUUUGUACCGAGUAACAUGGUGCAGGAAGUGAGUCUGGGUGAUUUUGGAAAUUCGUUUCACAUACCGCCACCGCCUUCUGCAGAUAUCACAGGGGAUUCAGAAGAUCAAAUUUCAGAGGAACGCGAACAUCGACGCCAAAGCCAAUCACACUCGGCUACAGUUAAUCAAGACAAGACCGAUACGUCAGAUAAUAAGGGCGCCAGAAAAGAGUCUGGUGGUACUUCAGAAGGAAAACUGACAAAGGAAUCCGGCCAGGAAGCGAAGCAAGAAGAUACAAAAAUGGAAGACAUUUUCGCAAGAAUCGAAAAUAUUGAACUUGAGGAAAAGGAGAAAGAUUAUCGUUACAUAUCUGAAAGAGACAGCAUAUACUGCCUUCCUCCGCGAAGGAUGAUUGCGCUAUACGAUUAUGACCCGGCUGUAUCAUCACCUAAUGUCGAUUCAGAGGUCGAGCUUCCGUUCAACAAGGGGGAUAUCCUCCUCGUGUUUGGAGACAUGGAUGAAGAUGGGUUCUUUGCCGCCCAAAGUAGUGGUGAACGAGGUUUGGUACCGAGUAAUUUCUUAGAGAACUGCCCAGUUCCUUCCGAUUCAGAAGAAUUUGAAAUAAAUAUGGGAGCAACAAGUCCAAGUUUUCAGAGUUCGAGUCGAAAAUCGUCAGCUGCAUCAAUCAGUGGUGCAAGUCCUGUCGACAGUCCGAAAACGAAGAAAAAGAAAGGAUUUUUAGCAAAAGGAAAGAAAAUAUUCUCGAAACUCAAAGGGAAAUAGUUGCAUUCUACUCCCAAUAGAACCUCAAGUUACCAGGGAUGCUUAAAUUGGGAAACAAAGAAAUACUAUUCAUGAUAGAGCAUCAAAUAGCAGAUGACCGAAUUGCAUUGCUACCAAGUCAGAGAGAUCUUGGUAAAAGAUAUCUCCGUCCGUUCGUUAACUGUUCAUAAUAUUUGUGAGGACCUUUAAUCAUAUAAUAUCUUUUUAUCAUGUACAUUGAAAAUUUGUAGAAAAGAAAGUCUUUGAAUUUUCUAGCCAUUGUAUUUCAGGCAGAUUUGGAUAAUUUGGGUAAUGACAUAGUAAAAUUGGUAUGUUUACAGUUAAGUUUGUGUAGGGGCAUUUUUAUAUCAGAAAAUACGAAACAGUUCUCUACUUCGGAUUUCAACAGACUAAUCAACCUAAGGGUAAACUUUCCAUUCAUAUUUCACGGAAAAUCAGCGGGAAACACUUUCUAAUAGAUGUUUUACUGGAAUAUUUUCCUUUAUUUUAGCCAGGUUUUGUUGCCAUAAUUACAUCGAUAAAUUUUUAAUAGGCGUUAUUUUCGAGGUACAAUUUGCUUGUGAUCUUUUCUGUUGGACGUGAAAUUGAGUACAGCCAUUAGUUAAGUAGAAUACAGAGAAGGUUGAAAUACAGCAGCAGCUUUUACAGUAUGCAUUGUUUCCUUAUUUUAAAGUCCUAAGACACACACAUGGCAAGGGUAUUUGAGUUUACGUAAGGAUUAGAAAUGAAGCCAUGAUUAUAAUGAAUCAUGAUAUGUAACCGUGGAAAGUUUAUCCUUGUCUUAGUAUUUGGAAAGACAAAGCACCUGAACAAUAGAUCUUACAAGCUUUUCAAAGAAGCAUGUUUAGAGGGAAGAGAUCCUGUUGUACAUUAGAAACAGAGUUGCCCAUAUUUUCUUGAAAUUUUGGAUAAGCAGUCAGUAUCUUGUACACGGGUUUGUUUGUUAACGCCAAAAUAAUGUAGUGUAUUGUCUAGAGGUUUUAUUGUAUAAAAUUUGAGCUAUUUGCCACUAGCAUCGUUUUAAGCUUAGUCGGUACCUCAUUCCGCGCAGCCUCGCAAUAGCUAUUCUUAGUCGUUUUUGUAUUGAUGGUUGUCAGCUCCAUUCAAGUGUACUCCAGACAACGAUUCUGGUUGUGUACCUGCAAUAAAGGAAAUGUACUUUAUGGAAUACAACCCAUCAGAUACUUAGAUGAGGUAUAUGAAGUAGUCAUAGAUCUCGAUUCCCGUUGCCUCACUCUCACCUAGUUUCCAAGUUGGACAUUUUUAAGCCUUCUCCCUUCCUGUAAUUAAAGUUAGCAGUUUUUUUUUCAGUCCAACCAAACCUCAAAGGUGCACUUCUUAAUAAGGCUUCCGCUUGAAGUUAAAACGGACAGGCUUGUACAAACUGACUACGUAAUAAUUGUCAAGGCCUGCACUGAAUUUCCUUAUAACUCCUUUUACAUGUCUUUAAUGCUGGCAACCAUCAACAUUUUGUGUCAGUUCCCGAGCUGAUAAUGUUACCAAGAGACGAGGGUUAACUUUAUUUAACAUAUAAAUAUAAUCUUAAUAUGACACUUUUUACCAAAAAUAGGUAAAUAUAGAUAAAAAGAUGUUUUAUGGCGUUCAGAGAAGUUGUAUUGUGUACUUUAAAUUGCAUUGUAAAUGUUAUCCCUUAAUGUAAGAAUUCUCGUCAUGAUAUAUAUGCACGAUAUGCAGAUAGUGUGAAGCACAAAAA